AUGCAGAGAAAUGCGAAGUCUCCACUUGUGUUAUUAAAAAAUGUGUAUUUUUUCCAAGCUGGCAUUGGAAUGUUAGCCAAUGUCUUCCUCCUUCUUUUCCACAUCUUCACAACCCAUCUGGUUCAUAGACUUAGGCCCACGGACAUGAUAACCUGCCACUUGGCUUUUGUCCACCUCAUGAUGCUACUUAUUACACUGGAUAUAUUAUCUGAAGACAUGUUAAGAUCAAUGAAUUUUGCAAAUGAGUUAAGGUGCAAGCUCUUGUUGUACUUGAGUAAGGUGAUGAGGGGUCUUUCCCUUUCCACUACCUGCCUCCUGAGCAUCAUUCAGGUCAUCACCAUCAGUCCCAGCUCCUUCUACUUGUCAAGAUUUAAAUAUAAACUCACAAAACAUGUUGCCAUUGCUUUCUUCUGUAUUUUGUCCCUCAACCUGUCUUCCAAUAGCUACCUGAUCAUCUACACUGUAGUUUAUUCCAACAGGACCAAUCUACUCAAUGUCAAUAAAUACUGCUCACUUUCUUCAAUGAACUCCAUGAUUAUGACACUGUUUUUCAUACUUGCAUUGUCCCAGAAUGUCUUCUUUGUAGGAAUAAUGCUGUUCUCCAGCAUGUACAUGGUGAUUUUUUUAUGUAGGCAUCAGAGGAAGUCUGAGUACCUUCACAGCAUGAGCAUUUCCCCAAGAUUCUCUCCAGCAAAAAGGGCCACUUGUACGGUCCUGUUGCUUGUAAGUUUCUUUGUGAUUAUGUACUCUGUGGAUAGCAUCAUCUCAUCCUUUGCUUAUGCAUUGUGGAAAUAUGAGCCAUCUGCACUGGAUAUUCAAGGUCUAUUGGGAAAUAUUUAUGCCACUGUGAGUCCUUUGGUGCUUAUUAGUUCUGAUAAAAGAAUAAUUGGCAUUCUGCAAAAAAUGAUUGCUAUGUUAAGAGUCUGGACAUGUUAA